CAUGACUAUACGUUUCAUGUUAUUCCCAAACUUAUUGAAAAAUUUGACUUGGGUCGAAUUAAAUUAUAACUGGUUUCUAAGAUUAUGGCAAGUGAUCCCCAGCUAAAAUCUGGGUGGUUAUUGAUGACCAUUCCGAAGGCUCUUAAGACCUACCUCAAGAUGAUAGAGAAAGUACAUGAGAGAUAUCAUGUCAUACACUGGGAGGAGUUCUGCUUGGAGGUUGAACAGUAUGCAGCUAAGAUAGAUGCUAUGCUCGUGACGUCCUACCACAUGCCAAAGCUAUCCCCAAAACUUUUGGAUCGGAUGACAAAAUUAAAGUCAGUUGUUACCGUUACAGCUGGCACAGACCACCUUGACCUUGCGCUACUCCAGAAGUACAACGUCAGGGUUUGUACUGGGGCAGGUACGAACAGCGAUGCAUGUGCUGACAUGGCCUUCAAUCUACUGCUCUCCGCUGCAAGGAGAAACUCGGAAGUUGUCGACCUAGCUCAUCGCUUCGCGGCCAGAUCAGAGACUGUGAUGGAGGAAACCUUCCACUUUCUGGGCCACGAAGUGACCGGUUCGACCCUUGGCAUUAUCGGCAUGGGAGGCAUUGGUUACGAGGUCGCGCGAAGAGCUAUAGGAUUCAAGAUGAAAACCCUGUACUACAACCGGAAUAGAAGGUCUAAAGCCGAUGAAGACGAAGUAAAGGCAGGAUACUGUCCUUCGCUAGAUAAUCUACUACCUCAAGUGGAUUACCUGGUGCUGUCUCUUCCUUUAACAGAAGCAACCCGUCAUAUCAUCGGGAAAGAUCAGCUCCAAAGAAUGAAACCAAACGCAAUCAUCAUAAAUGUCGCUCGAGGAGAAUUAAUAGACCACGAUGACCUGACUGACGCACUUCGAAGCCGUACCAUCGCCGGAGCAGCCCUUGAUGUGACUGAGCCAGAGCCGUUGCCUCCAAAUCAUCCACUACUUACGAUGACCAACGUCAUCAUAACGCCUCAUUGCAGUGCUUUCACCAAGGAUUGUGGGAAGAGAAUCUUUCAGAGAAUUAUGGACAACCUAUCAACAUCACUCGCAACGACUUAGGCAUCUUGAUAUCUACUUACCUAUACAACGCCAGAACAUUUAUCCUCAUUUGAAGAAAGAUUUAGAGUCAAUCGCAUUUUUAAAUCCAAAGGUAUCUUUUGAAGGAAUAGUUAGCUACUAUGAACAAGGUGUAGGUUACAGCUCGUUAUUUCGACGGUAUGAUGUUCAGAAAGUUCAUUCAUCGUUCAUCCAAAGGUUUGUUAUUCCGAAAACGAACUAAGGUUCGUUCUUCCGAAGGUUUGAAUACUCCGACAGAGCGACAUUCAGAAGGAAAUCCGAAAGUUCGAUGAUUUAAAGGUUCGUUAUUCCGAAGGGUCGAUAGUCCAAAAUAAAAUAAAACGGCUCAUGCAAUAAGAGUUUCGCAUUAACAAACCUUAUUCUUUAUUUUUGGACUCGCGAACCCUCGAAAUAACGAAGUUUAUAUAACUGUCGGAUUAACAAACCUUUAGAAUAACGAACGGUUUGUUGCAUACUUUGAUUUAUACUUUUUUUUUAUAGAUAUAUUCACAUUAAUCAUUUACAUGGUUUUGUAAUAUUGAGUUUUUCUAUUUUGCUUUUUUUUUCUGGGGCCGCUGUCAUUAUUAGGUGGACUUGAUGCCCAUACACCAAAUCACGAUAAUAAGCGUGUUUUCAUAUCCUUGCUUUACGUUUAUUGGGUAACAAGAUUGCCAAUACAAAAAUACCCCCUCCUUCCACUACCCACCCGCCGGAGGAGUGAAAAACAGAAUUGAAAUCCAAAUGUAUUGUACUUAUCGUCUUGUAUUUAUUUUCCGUCAAUUAAAAACAAUAACAAUGAUAUAUAUUUACAAUCAUAAAGAAAAGAUCAAUAAGAAAGACGGAGGGAUUGCCCUACUCAGCGUUGAUAAAAUAUCAACGCUGUUUUACUGAGGGGUCCCUAACAUAGAUAAACGUGUAAAGCAGGAAAGGAAAAACUUAGUCGACUUACAAUAAAGACGUUAACAAAGUUUGAAUUAUCUAAGAAGAAACAUAUUUGUGGAGCGUUGUGGCCCAGUGGAUUAGUCUUCGGACUUUGAAACAGAGGGUCGUGGGUUCGAAUCCCAGCCAUGGCGUAAUUUCCUUCGGCAAGAAACUUAUCCACAUUGUGCUGCACUCAACCCAGGUGAGGUAAAUGGGUACUUGAAUGCUUGAGCGCCUAGGCAGCCCAGCUAAAGCCGGGGUAAUAAUAGCAGGGCCCGCUGGGAGAACAGUUUUCGGAACUGAAGCGGCUACCCUGGGUAAAUAUACCGCUAUUAUUAUUAUUAUUAUUAUAUUUACAAUAUACAUGAUAAAAUAGAUAUCUGAACUGAAGUCUACAAAAAGUCAGGAAUAAUGUUUUUAGGGCCUUUUUGAAUGAAUCGAUAUUUUCCUAUAAUUUCAUGUGGUGGGGAAGAGUGUUAAGCACCUCUGUAUUGGAUAGUACGACGAGUAUAUUCUGUUUUGGGUUUGGGUAAAGCAAAGUUAUGAGAAUUACGGAGUGAAUAAAGAUGGGAUGAUAGUUGAAACAUUUCAGACAUGACUGGAGACAAUAUAUCAUGGACUGAUUUGUAUACAAAAUAUUUCUUACACCAUUUUAAAACUGAAUGAAUUUGUAAAUUGGAGAUUAUGAUCACAUGGAUGGACUUUCAUUAUUAUUCUACUUGCACGAUUCGGGAGGGUUUGCAAUAUUGUUUCUUAAGUUUUAUUUAAGAGGAAUCAAUUAAAAUAUCCGCAUAGUCGAAAAGUGGC